AUCAUUUCCUGCUCCAGUGUCUCAGAGGGACGAGUCGAUAGUAUCUUUGAAUGAAAGGUUCAGAAAGAAAGAGGUGAUGCUGAAUAUAUAUAUUUUUAAAAUAGAAGAAUCUAGCAGAAAAGGAAGGCAAUCCACUGGUUCAGAUAGAGGCUGUUUGCAGAGGAAGGGAGGAUGAGAGGAGAACUGGACCCAGUAGAUCCAGAAGCCAUAAGGGGUCUUGAUGCAACCAAGACUGGAAGCAGAAAGGAAAUGUGUGAAGGUACCAUGCAGAACACCCUGAGAGAUGACGUCCUCCUUUCAGAACAGCACCACCAGCAAUUCAGACAUUUCUGCUAUGAGAAUGUCCAGGGGCCUCGAGAGGCCUGCAGCCAACUCCAUCUUCUUUGCAGUCAGUGGCUGAAGCCAGAAAGGCACAGCAAGAAGCAAAUUCUGGACCUGGUGAUCCUGGAGCAGUUCCUGGCCAUUUUGCCCCCAGAGAUUCAGAGCUGGGUCAGGGAAUGUGAGCCAGAGACCAGUUCCCAGGCAGUGGCCCUGGCAGAAGGCUUCUUCUUGAGCCAGGCUGAGAGUAAGAAACAUGACCAGCAGAUGCAGAAGAAUAUCAAGCAGGAGCGUUACCACAGAGCAGCUUUGCCAGAUGGUGCCAUGAAACCAGUGAUUUACUCCUUGCUGUCUCUUUGUGACAAAGCCACUUCCAUGCAGCCAGAUUGGGGACUGGUGACCUUUGAUGAAGUGUCAGUGUAUUUCACUGAGGAGGAGUGGGUCCUGCUGGAUCCAGACCAAAGAAGCCUUCACAAGGAAGUCACAGAGGACAAUCGUGAGAAUGUGGCCUUUUUGGGAGGACUUCUGGUUGCCAAAUCUGAGUCCAUUUCUGUACUGCAAGGAAACAGAAAUACAUGUUUCCAGGACUCAGAAAAAAGAGAGAAAUCAGCAGAGGUUGAUGAUCCCCAGAACAAGUUCAAAGAAGAACUACAGCAGGUCCAAGUAGAAGACAAAAAGCAAACAAAGAACAUUGGAACAAAAUGGAAGAGUGGAAAUGAAACCUCUUCUCAGGAUGCUGAAUCCCAGGACAUCAUCCCAUAUCAUGGAAAGAUGAACUGCCCUGUGUGUGGAAAAACAUUAAUUUAUAAAUCAGCAUUUGACACAGACUGGAGAAUCCACAGAGGGAAGAAACUGUGCAAAUGUUUAGAGUGUGGUAAUACCUUUGCUUGGAUUACAGGUCUUAUUGUCCAUCAACAAAUCCACACAUGGGAAAAACCAUUUAAGUGCUUGGAGUGUGGAAAGAGUUUUGUACAUAAGACUAAUCUUUUGAAACACCUAAGGAUUCACACAGGGGAGAAACCUUAUAAAUGUUUGGAGUGUGGAAAGAAUUUUGCUUGUAGUGGCAACUUUACUGUACAUCAACGUAUCCACACAGGGAAGAAGCCUUAUAAAUGCUUGGAGUGUGGAAAGAGCUUUGCUUGUAGCGGCAACCUGACUGCCCAUCAACGUGUCCACACAGGGAAGAAACCUUAUAAAUGCUUGCAGUGUGGGAAAAGCUUUGCUUGUAAUGGCAACCUGACUGCCCAUCAGCGAAUUCACACAGGGGAGAAACCUCAUAAAUGCUUGCAGUGUGGGAAGAGUUUUGCUCGGCGUGACUACCUUAUUGGCCAUCAACGAGUUCACACAGGGGAGAAAUCCCAUGAAUGCUUGCAGUGUGGGAAGAGCUUUGCUCAGAAAAGAAGCCUUACUGCCCAUCAACAAAUCCAUAUAGGGCAGAAAAUUUUUAUCUAAAAAGUCAUCUUGUUUCACAUCCAAGCUGUUCUAAAAAAACCUUAAAAAUUCUUCCAAAGUGGAAAGAGAUUUGCUUGGAGUUCCACCCUUAUAGCUAACCCAGUGGUUAGUUAGGCAAUGAUUUUCUCUUAAGACUUUAAAGACAUACAAAAAGAAGAACCAUACAAAUAAAAGUACAUUUAAAAAACCUAGCAAAAAUAAGACAAAUAUUAUCAAUAUAAAAAAGGAUGAUAAAAAAGAAUAUGAAAUGAAAGGUUAUGCAGAUGAUGUGGUAAUCUCAAUCACUGAACCUGAUAUUUUAUUGAAAUAUGUUAUGGACCAAAUCAGUAGAUAUUGAAUUUAUUGUGGCUACAAAUGAAAUUUUAAAAAAAGUUAAGACAAUGCUAUUGAAUAUGGCAAAGAAACAGGAAGAAUUAGAGAAAAUAACAGGAUGUAAUGUCACUGAAAAAACAAUCAAAUAUUUGGGAAUAAAACUCCACAAAAUGGCAAUUUAUUUAACAAAAA